AACAGACAUCAUCGUGAACAUUCGAUAAUUAAACAAAAUUAAACUAUUUAAACAUACGAUUUGUUGUAUCAAUGUCAAAAUAAGUCAAGUUCAACAGUACUAGAGUUAAAAUAGUUUAAGUUAAAAAUCUGUCUGCUUCAUUAUUUUGCUAUUUUCACAAUUCCACCAAUUUUCACAACCCGGAAGUAGACGGCGCAAAUAAUUUAUGAAUGGACCAAAGUGUCUGCUAGAGAUUUUUGGUGUUUUGGGUGCAAUUUUCGUAUAAGGAGGACAAAUUUCGAUGAGUGGAUUGUUGAUUGUACCCUCUAAGACAUGACUUGCUAUUUGCCACAUUAUUUACGUUGCAGAAAGGGCCACUGAAUAACAGUAACAAAACAUGUAUUUUGCAGUGUUUGUGUUCACAUCUUAUUUUAGGAGGCUGGGUUGUUUGGGCAGCAGAUAAUAGUCAGUAGUAUACCAGACUUAGUAUGAUGGUCUUUAAUUGAAGAUAAAUUUUGACUGUUGUAAAACAAGGUGAUUAACAAGGUUCAGUAUCUAGGAAUUAACAUUUGUCUUCAGUUGAACUAGUGACAGUUUGUUCCAGGAUAAACUCCAAAAUGUUUAAACGAAAGAAGAAGUCACCUAGUGCAAAGGACAUCAGUUCUUUGACUAAAAAGUCAGAGAACUCAAAUGUGUCUUCACAGAGCUACUCCUCCCUUCCAAAAAGCAUGUACUCAGGAACAGCUGAUAAGAGUGGUCCACCAGCUAUGCCACCAAGAUCUGUGUCUGGAUCGGCAACAUUGAAUUUAAAUUUGAGCAAGAGUCCACCAACAAGUAGCUUACAGGACUUAAAAGGUGCCAAUAGCCCACUGGAUUUACCCAUGGAAACAUUUCAAUCAAUAACUGCUGCCUACAGUAAUUUGAGUAAGGGUUACAGUCCGGGUGAUAUGAACAAUUUGAGUAACACUUCAAGUAAACAAAAGUUGCAGAGUAGAAGCCCAUACCAAAGUCCUGUUCAUUCAUCGUAUAGUUCCAGUAGUGCCAGUCACAAAGCAAACACUCGUCAUCGGUCUCUUGAAAAGGGAGAAUAUUCUGGUUUGUUCUCCGGGGAAUCGUCAAUAGAUAGACAGAUAGAAAGAUUACAAAUGAUGAUGCCUGCAGAUGGUCACUCGGUAGAAUUAAAUAACAGUAGCAGCACAAUGCCUGUUUCAAGAGGGGGAAGAAGUAGUAAUAGUUCUAUGACAUAUUCGCGUGAAAGGUCGCAAGAGAGAGAAUAUCCCCAUAUGGGGGCACGGUCUUUAGAGAGGGAUCAUUACUAUCACAUAAAUAAUAAUCGAUCAAGAUCAAGUGAUCGACAAGACUUUACCUCACAGUUACAUCAGACUCAGGAACAGUUUAGACAUUUUAGUCGAGAUUCAUUGAUAUUAGAAUUACAAUCACAAAUUACAGAUCUUAACAAAGACUGUGCGAAAAUGCAGCAAGAACUUGAUUCAACCAAAGACAAGUUGAGCUCUACUAUGAACAGUAUUAAAACAUUUUGGAGUCCCGAACUUAAGAAAGAAAGGUCCCUUAGAAAAGAAGAGUGUGCCAAAUACAGUCUACUUAAUGAGCAGUUUAAAGCAACACAGGCAGAACUGAAGAAACAUGUUAACUCGAUUCAUGAACUGGAAUCGAAAGCCCAGUCAAAAUCCAAAGAACUUCCAAGCUCGGUGUCCAAAGCUGAUUAUGAAAGUCUUAAACGUAACCAAGAUGACCAAAAUAAGGAAGUUAAGAUUCUCCGAAAAACUGUUGACGAAAUGGAGUUGCGACACGAAACACAGAAACAGACUCUUGCGGCUAGAGAUGAAAGUAUUAAGAAACUUUUAGAAAUGUUACAAAGUAAAGGUGUAGCUAUUGAUAAGAUAGAAGAAUCUCAAAAAGAACUGGAAAAGUUUCGAGUUCAAAAAGUUGAAGAUACGAUCAAAAUGGGUGACCUCAAACGACAGAAUGAAAAUAAAGAAGCGGAAAUUUCUGAUCUUAAAGAGAGACUGAGCCAGUUGACAGAUGAACUGGAGUCGGCCCAGGUACAGCUAAAACAGUUACCGUCCAGUACCCAUACCAUGCAAGCAAUCAUGGAAGCAAAGGAUUCAAGAAUUUCUGCCCUUGAGAAGGAACUUGGUAAUCUGGAGGAAAGACUGCACAGAUUUGGGGAAGAAGGCGUGUCCAGUCAAGAUGGCAGCUUGAAAAGGGACAUUCUUCCUUGGAAAGAGAAGGCUUUAAGGGCUGAGCUUGAGACGUUGAAGACUGACCUCGCCACCCGGGACAAUGAGAUUGUGGGCCUUAAGAUGAAAGUGGACACGCUAACCAAUCAGCAAACAGAACGGCAACACUACAUCGACGUCCUGAAAGAUCAGAUCAAAUCCAAGGAACAACAGUCAUCCAUGUUUAACGCUGAUAUUGAUGAUCUUCGAGAGAGACUUAGAGAGAAAGAUGCCACCAUAGACAAAAAGUCGAGUCAUGCACAGACAUUAGCCAUGGACAAAAGAAAAUUGGAGUUGGAAGUUGCGGAACUACGAGACAAUAUCGAGAUUAAGGAACGGAAGAUCAGCGUCUUGCAGAGAAAGGUUGACAAUCUUGAAGAGCUACUAUCAGAGAAAGAAGACCAGUUGUUGCAGAUAAAGAGUCAGUCCACUACGUCCGCUGAGUCUUCCGACAGUGCCAUAUCUGCCAUGGAGGAAUCUAUAGGCGAAAAAGACAGGCAAAUUGAAAGGUUAAAGGAACAGAGAGACAUUUUAGAAUUAGAACACCAACAGGAAUGUGAGAGGCUGGAAAACGGCAGUAAACUCCUUAAAACCCAGAUGGACUCUCUACAGUUGGAGCUUUCAGAUAAACAGACUGAGCUAUGUGAAUUACGAGAGGAAGUAUCAGAGCUGAAAUCCUCCCGCUACAAGGCUGAUACACGCCUCAGACAGCUAGAACUCAAUAUCUGUGAGAAGGAUUCAGAAAUCUCCAGGGCUAACCAGGAAAUUGAGAAGUUGAAGGUGGAGAGAAAUGCCGCCAAGUUUGAAUCUGCGGAAGAUCAGCUAACAGAUCUCUCGAAACAAGUGGAGCAGUGCCAGACGGAGAUGAAGUCUGCCCAGACUGAGGUUGACCGACUACUUGAGCUUAUUAAAGACAUGGAGAAUGAGAAGUUGGAAAAGGAGGCUAUUAUCAAGGAUCUUCAAGAUACAAUAAAUCAAUACAAGCAGAAGUUUGGUACGCUGAAACGACAACAUCAGAAGGACAAACAGAAAAAUGCUCAUCUACUAGAAGAGGCGAGACGACGAGAGGAAGAUAUUGGUACAGAUGCUCAGCACCUUAAGGGAACUAUGAAGGAAAAGGAAGGUAGGAUAGAGGAAUUGGAGGAGGCAUUAAGAGAGAGCGUCAAAAUAACGGCAGAACGGGAAAUGUUACUUAUGGAGCAGAAAAUGCAGAUAGAUGACAAUCAAAACAAGAUUGAGGAACUGCAAUCCGACCUUGAAAAGGCACGAGCCUGCACAAAGGAGUACACAAGCAAGUUGUCCUCGUAUGUGAAACAGCUGGAAGACAAAGAUGUGAAACUGAAACGUAUGAGUGCUGACAGACAUAAACAGAUGGAGGAGGUUUUCGACAUGAAACAAGAGGCCUUGACCUCAGCCAUCAGCGAGAAAGACGCCAACAUCGCUCUUCUUGAAAUGACGAGCACUAAGAAACAACGCAACAUGGAAGAAAUCGAUAAACUCAGCAGAGAAAAGGACCAUUUAAACAAUCAACUGAAGGAACUGAUUCAAAACAGAACGCGGUACCUCCAGGAACGAAGUAAAAGCCACAACAAGAGAUCAAAAUCAAAAACUCCUGAGACAACUAGAAGGGCUGACGAGCGUCGAAAAAGUGACGACCAGAAAUCUUCCACGCAGACUUCACCAUCUAGUAAAGACUCGUCAGAUGUAGAUACAAAUCAUGUUGAACAAACAUAACACUAUUUUGUAGAGUAUUUAAGAAAUCAUUAUGAAUCGCUUUAAUAUUUGAAACCAUACGAACAUAUUUUCUGCAAUAUCAUUUGAAAAUUUUAAUGAAUUUCCUUUGGUUUAAAUGCUUAUGUUAUUUUUCAAUGAGUAUUAGGGCAACUCUGAUAUUCCGAAACAUUUUUGUACAUUUCAAUGGUUUGCAGUCAAUCCAAAGAGGGCAUUGUAUACUGCUAUAGAUCAUCAACAUUGCUUGUUUAUAAAUUAUCAAUACAUUUUUGAAUUCUUGAUAAUUUCAUUUUCAACAGAUAAAUUAAUUUAUCAGUAUAUAAUAGUAUGCCAUAUUAAAGCAUGCAGUAUUUAAUACUUAAAAUUUGUUUCAACAAAAGAUAUUAUAAUUAUACAUUUUUAUGCCACCACAAACGAAGUUUGAGGGGGUAUAUAGGAGUGAGCUUGUCGGUCGGUCGGUCUGCCGGUCUGUCGGUUUUCAUGGUUUCCGGACGAUAACUCAUGAAAGGCUAGACAGAUUUGAAAAAUUUUUGGUACACAGGUGUAACAUCAGAAGAUACAGGUCAAGUUCGAUAUUGGGGCUGGUUGGGCCAAGGUCAAGGUCACUGUUACUAAAAAUAGAAAAUGGUUUCCGGACGAUAACUCAUGAAAGGCUUGACAGAUUUGAAAAAAAUUUGGUACACAGGUGUAACAUCAGAAGAUACAGGUCAAGUUCGAUAUUGGGGCUGGUUGGGCCAAGGUCAAGGUCACUGUUAUUAAAAAUAGAAAAACGGUUUCCGGACGAUAACUCAUGAAAGGCUUGACAGAUUUGAAAAAAUUUUGGUACACCGGUGUAACAGCAGAAGAUACAGGUCAAGUUCGAUAUUGGGGCUGUCGGUGCCAAGGUCAAGGUCACUGUUACUAAAAAUAGAAAAACGGUUUCCGGACGAUAACUCAUGAAAGGCUAGACAGAUUUGAACACUUUUUGGUACACAGGUGUAACAUCAGAAGAUACAGUUUGGUACACAGGUGUAACAUCAGAAGAUAUAGGUCAAGUUCGAUAUUGGGGCUGGUGGGGCCAAGGUCAAGGUCACUGUUACUAAAAAUAGAAAAACGGUUUCCGGACGAUAAAUCAUGAAAGGCUUGACAGAUUUGAACACUUUUUGGUACACAGGUGUAACAUUAGAAGAUACAGGUCAAGUUCGAUAUUGGGGCUGGUGGGGCCAAAGUCAAGGUCACUGUUACAAAAAUAGAAAAACGGUUUCCGGACGAUAAAUCAUGAAAGGCUUUACAGAUUUGAACAAUUUUUGGUACACAGGUGUAACAUCAGAAGAUACAGGGCAAGUUCGAUAUGGGGCUGGUGGGGCCAAGGUCAAGGUCACUGUUACUAAAAAUAGAAAAACGGUUUACGGACGAUAACUCAUGAAAGGCUAGACAGAUUUAAACAAUUUUUGGUACACAGGUGUAACAUCAGAAGAUACAGGUCAAGUUCGAUAUUGGGGCUGGUGGGGCCAAGGUCAAGGUCACUGUUACUAAAAAUAGAAAAACGGUUUCCAGACGAUAACUCAUGAAAGGCUAGUUUUUCUUGUCAGCAGUGUAACUUCUAAAUUACCCAACAGAUUUAAAUAAAACAAUACAUGCAUGAUAAAAGAAGAUGCAGUGUGCAGUAACCUUGGAGUUAUGGCCUCUUUUCAAAGGAAUGGUUUGCCAUUCCUGUGUCCAGGCGGCAUUUGGGGGUAUUCGUCACUCCUGUGACAGCUCUAGUUUAAUUAGUUUUUGAAGAAAAAGAAAUAAUACAGGUAUUUCUUGUGACAAAACCUGUUUGUUGUCUUUAUUAGAAGGAAAAUGAUCUUUCAUACCACAUUUGUUCUUGCCAUAUGUUUGUUAUUUUUCACAAAGUAUGAAAUUUGUAUUAUUGUAAACCCCUUAUUCUUUCAUUCAGUUUACAUUUUGGAAAGAAAAUAAUUAGAAAGUCUAACAUGAUAACACAAUAUCACGCAAAUACAAAAAGGAAUAUGUCUUAUACAUUUUGUUACCAAAUAGACAAAGAUUCUAUCUUGUUUCCAAUAUAUAACCAUAUUAUGAACAUGAUAUUAGGCAUAAGCAUACAUGCCAUAUUAAUUCCAGGAGAUUUUUACCCAUCUCCAGGUUCCCAAGUGGGAGGCGUUUAUCCCCCGAAUGUUUUUUGUGUGCAUAGACUAAAAUACAAUUCAUUUCCUUUAUAACAUAUAAAUCAAUACAUCGCUAUCCAGUCAAAAACAAGCGCUAGUUGUUUGAUAAAAUGCUUUUAAAAGAAUACUAAAAAAAAUGGCCGCACUGGAGCAAUUAAUGACAAUCGAUGAAAAUCGCCUACUUAAGGGCAAAAUCCCAUGGGAAGCCUUUUAGAAAUAUGGCAUGUAUGCAUUAGGAUAAACCAUCUGGGCCCAAUUCCUCGAGAAAGAUUAAUCAUAAUAAGCUUGUAUUUCAUUUAGCCAAUGUCCUAAUUUAAACUCUUUUUACAAAAUGAAAUUUGUUUAUUGUGAUUUGUCAUAAAAAUGAAUGCCUUUUUAAGGUCUUUUCAAAUUAAGAAUGUAAACACAAGUUAUACCAGAAAGAAAAAUACUGAACUUAGCUUAAUCCUGUAAGGGACUUAAACUGGUUCGAGGAAUUAGGCCCUGGUGUUCUGAUAGCAAUUUAGUUUAGUUUUUUCUCUUUAAUGGAGAUGUGCAAUAUUUAUUAUGCGUGCUACAUUUAUAUCACGAUUCUCAUGUAAAUGGUAUUAGUGGCAUUAUAUGGACCUACAAGGGUGUUUAAGUCACAAUUUUAUCAGUUCUCAGAUAUGUAUAUAUAUAUCUAUGUAAUUGUAAGUAUGUGUACAUUGUAGCAAAGUAAUAAUUUUCAUUCUUUUGCUUUUUUGUGUGUUUAAGAAAACAUCUGCCUUUAUGUUAAGUGUAAGCAUGUGGAAAUCAUGCAAAAAGUUAAUAUAAAAUUAGUAUUGACGGUUACUCUGAAGAAAUUAGCUCGGCAUUAUUAUGCAUAGUUACCAUUAUGAGAUGUGUCGUUUUAUUUUGGCUAAAAAAAGUUAAGUAGAUAAUCAUUUAUAAUUAAUUUACAUAAAGUGAGGUAAUACCAGGGUGCCAAUUGGAAUCUCUUUGUUGCAAGUGAUUUGAAAGUUAUGCUCUAUUUUGAGGAUGGCGCAAAACCGUUCUAAUUUAAUAUAAAAAGAGGAGAUAUGUCUGUCUUGCACUUUGUUGUUGAAUUAUUUUUUGCAAAUUGUUUUAAUGAUUUAAAGAAAAAGUUUGUGAUUUAACUAUAAAUUAUUAUUUGCUUAAUCAUGCAAAAAGUAAAGCUAUGAACUUGACAAGUUUAUGCAUGGUUACAAUAAAACAAUGGGAAGUGUUACUAUGGCUAAAUACAUUUAAACUUAUAAUUAAUUUACAUAAAUGCCCUUCAUUGCUUGGUGCCAAUUCGAAUCUCUUUGUUGCAUUUGAUUUGAAAGAUAUUCUGUAUUAUUCUUUUAGAAGUCUGUUGUUGAAUUAUGUAAGUCAUUCUAAAGAGUACAAUGAUAGGAUUUCAGUAAGAGUAUCAUUUUUAUUACAUAGUGGGUCUUGGGCACAUAGGGAAUGUAGCCGAGGGGGUGUAUUCAAUAACCACAGUAGAUUUCACUUAGUUUUAAGAUUAGAUUAAGUGUUUUGAUUGGACAAAAAUUGGUCAAUGGACUGAUAGGAAUCAAUCAGGCAUGUCUAAGAUCAGAAAGGAUAAGAAUACGACCCCUGGCUAGAGCUUCCCUGAAUUGACUAUGGAUCGGCCACUUAAAUAUGCUGUGCCAUUUCAUUCAACAAAUAAUCAUUGUGUAUGUAAUGUUUACAAAAAUUUGUAUUCCCUGUGAUAUUAUGAUUUUUCAUGUAGUUGUGUCGACAGCAAAGCUUGGGAUUACUUUGUCCAGUGUCGUCAUCCGCCACAUCACAUUUUUGUUUCCAGUGACUUUUGAACAACUUGUUGUAGAGACUUCAAACUUGGUUGUCAGUUUAAUGCUCUAUAUUUAUUUUGGGGCCAGUAGGCCAAAGAUCAAAGUGACAUUCACAAGAAAAAACAUGAGUGCUCCUAACAGGCAACACAAUCAUCUAAUGGGCAGAAUUCUAAUUCUAUUAGAACCGGUUUGAAAUGUUGUGAAUUUUGCCUGUUUAACUUGAACACAUGUGCACUGAUAUGUAUAUUGUUCACACUUGUUGUUUAUAAGGUUUUUUUUGCGGACAUGUAUUUUGAAUUUGUCUAAAUACAGCUGCAACCUGACAUGAUGCCAAGAAGCCCUGAUUUUAGUUAUAAUCAGAAAAGUUGAACCAAUGAAAAUUAAGGCCCCGACUUAAACUGACUUCAGCAUCAUGUCAAUCGCAUUCUAGUGGUUUACUAUGAUUUAGGCCAUGAGCUUAUCUUGAAACCUUUUUUGGUGCCAGUAGUUUGUAUUAAGGAUAUCGUUUCAUAUUUUAUUUUAUUUUUGCCCAUCGCUUUUAGAAGAAAAACAGUUGAUGUAUUGUCAUGACCGUGGAUUUGUUAUCCUUGUAGUGCAAAAACUUCAGUCUUGGCAGGAACUUAAAAACUAUCCAGGAUAUUCAAAUAAAACUUUAUACACAUGUUGCUAGGGAUAAUAUGUUGCCAGGGAUCAAUGUCAAGGUCCAUAACUCUGGAUUUUAAAUUGUUGAGUUACACCCCUUUUUCUACUGAAAAACCACAGACGAGCAUUUGUGAACACUUAUCUUCACACUUUUCCAUUUUGUUCUUAAUGUAGCAAGGUCAAAAGCUUUGUAGUCAGGUUGUUUUCUUAUUUUUAUGUUAUAUAGACUUAAAAAGUCUCAACUGACUAGUAUUGCCUCUAUCAUCCUGUAUCAAUGUCGUGUUCACACAGUUAUGAAGUAGAAUACAUGUGUAUAUGUUUCAGAUUAAGGUUGUUUUUGUUUCGUUUUUAAAUCCAUUAUAACUAUAUUAUUUUUGAAAGAAUAGGUAUCUAGUUUUUAAAACCAUACCUUACAUAUGUCUUAUAUAAUUUACCUUUUCAAUUGUGCAAUUUUAUGAAUUUGUGUAACAGAUAUGUUUCAAGAGUAUACUGUUGGAUUUAAAAAACAACAACAUUUGAUUAUACCCCCACUUGUUUGGGAAGGUAUAUAGGAGCUUAUUGAUCUGGGUGUUUUUUUCAGGAUUAUAACUCUCUCAAGGGUUGACCGAUUUCAAUGAUUUUGGUACACAUGGAAAGCAAUAAAUAUCAAGUUACAUGUGUUGAUAGAGUUAUGGCCCCUUUUCAUUUGUGAAUUUGCCAAAAAUAUGGUGUCUGAACAGAAAUUUCAUGAAAAGUUCAACAAUUUUAUACAAGUUUUGGUACACAUCUUAAACCAUGAACUGCAGAUCAAAUUUGAUUAUUUGGUACAACCCACCAAUAUUUGAGGGAGUUAUGGCCCCUUUUCAACUUAAGGGCCAUAAAUAUGGUGUCCAUACAAUUACUCAUGUAAAGGGUGAUGAAUUAAAAAAAAAUGAUGCACAUGUUAAAACACCAUAAAUAACAGGUAGACUUUGACUUUUGUCACAAACUACAAAUAUCUGAAGGAGAAAUGGCCCCUUUUCACUUGGAAUAUGCCAAAAUUACAGUGUCUGGACAAUUACACAUCAAAGGGUUGCCAGAUUUGAAAAAAAUACAGUGAUGAAAGGGCAAAUGAUUAAAGUUUACCAUUACAGUGUCCCGAUGGCGGGUUGGGGUAUUUGUCAUUCCUGUGACAGCUCUACUUAUGGAUUAGUAUAGUAAUAUAUCCAUUGUUUGGUUGUUAUAUUUCAUAAAUAUAUAGUAUACCCAUUAAGAGGUUGUAAUAUUUUGCAAUAAAAGGCAUGUUUAUAUCAUUGUAUGUAACAGUAUGGAAUUAUUGUUUUCUUAUAAGAUGCAUGUAUGGUUAACUCGAUGUAACAAAUUAUACUUGUACUUACUUCUAUCAAUAUUUUUAUAGCUUAUUUUAAAAUGUGUUGGUCCAUGACCAUUUACCUGUAAAAGAAGUAUACACAGUGAAAGAUAUGUUCUAUCAAUUAUUGGUCACAUAGUUUAACAAACGUAUAAAAAUAUUUAUACAUGUCAAUAGAGAUGCAUUGCGAUUCUUUUGCUGUAAUUAUGUAAUGAUAUUAUUCAUCAUUUUGGUGUAUAAUUAUUGUAAAAGUUUGUUUGGAGGAUGUUUUUUGCAAAAAUAUUAAUUAUUCUCUCACAAAACACAGUUUGGGGAGGAAUAUAGGAGAUAGCUUGUUAGUUGGUCUGUUUGUUUUGUCUGGAAGAUAAUUCAUGAAAGGCUUGGUGUGCUAAAUAAUCUUUGGUACACAUGUGGAGUCUCAAAGAUACAGGUCGAGUUACAAACUGCCAACAAGUCGAGUUACAAACUGCCAAUUUUGAUGCCCCUCUAAGUGAGUCAAUAUAGUCAGGGCAUUGUCUGUCCAACACAACCUUGUCAGAAGAAUAACUUAAAAACCACUGAUGGGAUUUCAAAGAAACUUGCAUAGAGGGCAAUAUGCAGAGCACUAUAGCUUUAGUUAUUGCUGAAUUAUCUCCCAUAGUGUCAUGUGUAUGAUUUUGCAAAAUUAAAAAAACAACAACUCAUGAUUGUGUUUUGAAAUAAUAGUUAAUAUGUGUUAGUUUAAAAUGUUAACUUUUGGAUAUAAUGGGUGAUGUAAUUUAUAGGAAGGGAAAAAGCCUGAAUUUGAUUAUCGAAGGUUUUGGACUUGUGAUCUCUCCAAUUGAAUGGUACUUUUUUAAUCAAUGUAUGUGUAAGAUUCAGAUAUUUAAACUAGUAAUGAUUAUAUAUAAUCAAGAUGUGCCAUUUUGUAUGAUAUUGAUAUCGUCUUUUUUUUUUUUUUUUAAUGUCAAAUCUUCUCAUAUAAAUAUGAUCUAAUUCUUUGCACGAGUCUUACUUCUAUUUCUAGGCAUCCUCCACAUGCCAGCAUAUUCAUAACAUAAAUGAUACCCUGGGCAAAUCAGCUGGAAAAAUCUUAUUCUCAUGAAUAAUUUUUAGGUGAAACCUAGCCACUUGAUUGGUCACAUGAGGCACACCUCAUGCCGUUAGGAAAUGGCUGAGAAGUCCCUGAUGAAAUCUCCGUUCAAAUUGUUUUAGACUGGACAUCACCUUUUUUUGCCAAAUUUGCUAAUAGGUCUUCACAAAGGAGAUUCUUUCCUUUUUUUAACAGCUAUUUCUUUUUUUGAAACGCUUUUGAAUAUUCAAUCAUUACUAAGUUUCCUUAGCCAAUUUGCCCAGAGUAUCCUAUGUUAUGAAAAUGCUGGGUUGCCGAGGAUGUUUUUAAGCGGCUAUUCAUAAACUUCUCAAACACUAACACUGCUUAUUAAAAACCAAGUAUUUUUCAUCAUUAUUCUGUGAUUGCCAUGUAAAUUUGCUUGUAUGAUUAUUCCAUAUAUUUACUCUAAGAAAUUAACCGGGCAGAUAUGAAAUGAAAUCAACUGGCUGUAUAUCAUAUAAUGUUAUUUGAAUUCAAUUUCAGUCAUCAGAAUAAGUCUUCAGUAUGAAAAAGCCAGUGCUUUUUUAUUUUUAUCAAGCCCUUAAGAUUUUUAGCAAGCUACAGAAAAUAAUUUACCCUGUGCAGAGCGUGUGCAUUCUCGUGCAUCAGAGGUUUGAUAAUGAUAAAUCUAUCUCAUAACAUCAUCACUCUGGUGGAUGAGAAUGGGCUUGUGCAUAUUUGUACCAAUGCAAGCUUUAUGCAUACUUGUCCCCAGCGUUAAAGAUGCCUCGUCUUUCAUGACCAUUUGUGGGUGUUGCCAACUUAAUUAUAACUGUGUGUAUUUUGUCAUUGAUUUUUUCCUUCCCUACUCUUUUUUGUCUGCAAUAAUGAUUUUGCACUGGUGUUCAUUUCCGUAACAGUUAAUUAUGCAUAUGUAUUUAUUUCUAUAUCUAUAACCAUGCUUUAUUCCCAAUGCUGUCUUUGUUUAAAAAAUAGUUUGCAGUGUGACAAAAAUGUGGACAACAAAUACCGCAAGGCUGCGUAAUCCUGUUAAGUAUGUUGUGACUUAAUCAUGACCAUCCAACCCGCCAAAAAGUUUGGAUUAUGUGAGAACGACCCAUCAAAAGUUUUGGUCAUGCAAAUAUGACUCAUAAAAGAGUUUGGGUUAUGCGUUUACAACCCACCGAAAGUUUUGGUCAUGCUAUUCCAACGCAACGAAAGUUUGGGUCAUGCCUAUGUAACCCAACGUAAAAGUGUCACUGCAAACAAACGUUUUUAUAAGGAUGGCCUCAAGUAUAUAUUCUUAUACAUGUACCUGUGGUAAAUAACUAAACAUAUUACAUUAUAUACUGUAUUUCCCCCCUUUGUGCAUGGUUUACCAAUGUUGUGUACCUAGCGCUUCGUAAACAGUGACCUGCCUCUAUUUUAUACCAUAUGCAUUUGUUAUCAUUAUUUUACUAUGUACAUUUCAACAUUAAAAUGUUAAAUUUCAA